GCUGCUGUUGCUGCUGCUGCUUCAUUUCUGGCAAGGUCCGUGAAUAAGGCUCGUUACACAUGAGGUCAACUGGUACCGACCGCCUUACCUCAGCUACCUUACUUAGCUUGACUUGUACAUUGACACACUUGUGCAUCACUUCAAACAUCGCCGCGGCUUCUGCGAACAACACCUCCGGAGUACAGUGAGACGGCAGGGAGUAACAACAUUGUGCACCGCUGGCACGUCACACAGUCUCAACACGUGGAGCGAGAAACAUCGGAGGGAGGACAAGAUCGCAUCGAACGCUAUAAGUACCUUACGCCCUAUCUGGUAAUAUCGACGCCAUCAUGCUCUCACCUCACAGCUCGCCCUCGUCAAGUCCGUCCGCUUCCAGCAUGAGUUCGCCGGAGAUUCGAGUCACAGAUGAUCAUGGUAACGGCGCUGUCGUUCAGCUUCCCGCGGCUUUGGCUGAACAAAUCAUGGUUGAGCAACGAACUCGCGCUUUGACUUUCGAGGUACCAGUCGCUGAGAAACAGCUGGAAAUGCACGCUCGGCCUGCGUCACUCCGAUCUGCCUCUUCAGAAACUGCCAUGGAACCACUCGUCACCUUGAAACCGGCACCUACCUCAAAUCCACUCGAUUCACCAGUCAGUCUGAGAGGUAAGGGGAAAGAGGUGAAGCGUGUUGCCUCUGCUCACGGAUCCCUUCGAAUGUCUCUCAAGUCAAUGACCUCCGCUGGCCUCCUGUCAUCGAAGAAGAAGCACGCCACUGACGAUGGAAAAUCAUCGACCGGAACUAGCGGUGCAGCGAGCCCAACUCAGGUAGACACACCAGAGGUCAAAGUCAUCCUCGCGAAGAAGACCUGCCCUGAUCUGGAUGCUGUAUCUCGUGCUCUCGAGUCUCUGGGAUGUCAGGACCGUCCAACGAGUGACCCACUUGUGCUCAAUCUCAAGUCUCUGGAGCAGAAGAUCAAAGGCGCCCGCGAGGACUGCUCGAAGAUGUUGACGAGAGCCAUGCAAGCUCGCGAUCGUCAGCAAUACGAAGUGUGUCGCGCUCUCUGUAUUCAAAUCGUACAGAAUCAGCACUCGAAGGUGGAGACCCGAGUGUAUGCGUACAAUAUCCUCUCGACUCAAGCGUCUCCCGGCCAGGCCAUGAACUUUCUCAAGGAAGCCGCCAAAUUGGCGAAGCAAUGCGAGGGGCCGGAGAAGGACAAGUUGACAUCGAUUGUUGCCAUGUUACAAGAACAUGCUCUCAGCAAGGAGAGCAAUCGUGACGCUACGAAGAACAACGAGGCCAUUGUGGACUUGGGCACAUUCCAGAGACGUCCGACGAUGCCCAAGAUGAAGAUGCCUUCGGACGCAAAUGUUUUGCAACUGCCCAAGGAUCACAUGCCUCGAGGCGCGAUGACUCCCAAGUCGGAGAAGAUUUUCAACUGGGCGUUGCCGAGCAAGGCCAAAACGGCUGUGGCAUAGGAUGCUUCGUCGUCCAGGAAUAGCUCCAUUGGUUCCCAGCAGGAAUAAGGCAGACUGACAGAGCUUUAGCGUGGUGUCCGGCGUUUUGGUGGGACAAAAAAACAAGAAGCCGACGGGACCGGAGUAUGUGGCGUUUGAUGAUUGGGUUUCAUGCUGUACCUGCUCAGUGCUUACUGGCACUGAUGGAUACGUACAUGUACCUUAGUAGGGCUGUCCCUAAAGGCAGCUACAUACAGAUUCUGUACCAUGCAUGGCACUGAAAGCCUUGCAAAACUUACCAAUGCUCCAUUGGAGUCAGUCUUCUUCUUCUUCUUCUUCGUUCUUUCAAGUUCCCUUCACUUUCCUGCAUUUCCAGCACAGCCGCUAUGUCCACAAGUACCUCAGUAGGUAUCUGAUCCUUCACCAAGCGCAAGCCAGCCUCUUCAAUCCACUUUUUUGAUCCGAGCAAAAUCAAUAUCCAACAUCAGCAAAGCGUAAACUCCAGCCAGCACUUGCGGAUCCAGCUGUGCUCGCAUCACAUUUUGAUCCUCCAAACCAGCUCGAAGACGCUCAAUCGCAGCGCGGAACGUACGUCGCCAGGCUGGCCAGUGUUCGCGAGCCAUGGUGUCGCGAGAAUUUGCAACGCGGGAGCCUUUUAGUUGUAGUUUCAGAGCUCGCUGUCGAAGGUACUUUUUGGGAGGAACUGGUCCUGGUACUGGAGAUGAUGGGAUGGAGGAAUCCUUCAAUGCCGAGAUGAGGAUGAUGCAGUCGUGAAUGAGCUUUUGUCCUUGUCCGCGG